AAAAAUAGAAACCUCAGUUUAGUUUCCUUCUUUAUAGGAGAAUCAUGGGAUUAGGGCAAUAGUUUCUUACGUUGAAACUAUUAUCAUGCACUGUCUGUUUUUCCUCCUCAUUUGAGAAUCAUCCCUGCCCUUUCUCCUAAAGGGUGAUUUCUUGGGAGAGCGGCGGGGUGUUCGUGUAUUGAUUUGACAGUAGAUCGAUCGGGGUCGUAUACAUAGAGUAUUGUCAAAAAUGUCGUCGACGGAUGGUUCUUUAGAUUCUUCCUCUUCCUCGUCGGAAUCUUCGCCGCCCCCGCCUUCCUCUACCUCGUCGGAUUCUUCGCCGCCGCCGCCGCCUUCCUCGUCCGAGGCUUCACCAGUGCCGCCGGCGUCUGACGCAUUGUCGGAUGGUUCGUCGUCGACGCCUCCUUCACCUGACAGCUCAUCAGAUUCAUCAUCAUCACCAGCUCCCAACUCACCAUCACCAGAUUCAGAUUCCACACCUCCGCAUUCAAAAAGCUCACCAGGGUCUAGCGACCACGACGGAUCUUCAAUAUCACCACCAGCGUCGGAAAGGUCUGGCUCACAUCAUCAUGGGGGUUCGGGCUCGACGCUGUCUCCGCCGGCUGAUAAGGCGCUCCCUUCUGGGCGCCACAAUGAACCGGCGAUUAAUAGCGAUAAAGCUAUUAUAGCAGGAGCAGUCGCAGGGGUAUUAUUACUGCUCAUAAUUUUCAUCGUUGCGUUGGUUUGCUGCAUUAGAAGCAAGAAGCGCCGGCGUCAGCGUAAUAAUGGUUACUAUGGAGACAACCCUCGUGGAAAUCCAAACGGACCAAAUGGGAUGGGUGGUGGCGGCCAACCCCCAGGUUACUACAACAACUGGCAGAACAAUGGAUACCCUGACGGCAUGAUGAAACUACCGCGGCCUCCUAGCAAUGCUGGAGUGAGCUCCGAGCAUGGCUGGAUGGCAGGACCACCUCCACCUCCACCGAUGAUGAGCGGUGAGAUGAUGAGCUCCGGAUUUUCUGGGCAGCAUGGGCCUCCGAUGCCGCCCCCACACCCAGCUAUGGCCAUCGGCUUCAACCAGAGCAACUUCACCUACAAUGAUUUGGCUAUGGCAACUAGUAACUUCUCACAAGCAAACCUACUCGGGCAAGGAGGAUUCGGAUACGUUUACAAGGGAGUGCUGCACAAUGGGAAAGAAGUUGCUGUGAAGAGCUUGAAAGCCAACAGCGGGCAGGGCGAGCGUGAGUUCCAAGCUGAGGUUGAUAUCAUUAGUCGAGUUCAUCAUCGCCACUUGGUUUCCUUGGUUGGUUAUUGCAUUGCCGGAUCUCAAAGGUUGUUAGUCUAUGAGUUCGUGUCCAACGGAACCCUCGAGUAUCACCUUUACGCAAAGGGUCGCCCACCUAUGGAUUGGCCUAGUAGGCUUAAAAUUGCUUUGGGAUCAGCCAAAGGAUUUGCUUACCUUCAUGAAGAUUGUCAUCCUCGCAUUAUCCACAGAGAUAUUAAAGCUGCUAAUAUUUUGCUUGAUGAAAAUUUUGAGGCGAAGGUGGCUGAUUUUGGAUUAGCUAAGCUUUCUUCGGACACCAACACCCAUGUUUCGACUAGGAUCAUGGGGACAUUUGGGUACUUGGCUCCCGAGUAUGCAUCAAGUGGGAAACUAACUGAGAAAUCCGACGUAUACUCAUUCGGAAUCGUGCUUUUGGAGCUUAUAACCGGACGACGCCCUAUUGAUGUUAGCAGGGACGACGAUGACGAUACCUUAGUUGACUGGGCUAGGCCUAUUUUGAUGAGAGUUGUAGAGGGAGGAAGCUAUGAAGAGUUAGUGGAUCCAAAGCUAGAGAACAACUACGAUCCCCAGGAGAUGCUCCGUAUGGUCACUUGUGCUGCCGCCUGUAUUAGGCAAUCUGCCAGGAGACGCCCUAAGAUGAGCAAGAUUGUGCGUGCCCUUGAGGGGGACGUCUCGCUAGACGAUCUAAAUGAGGGGACAAAGCCAGGGCAUAGCGCAGUGCUGAGCACGAGCGGCAGCUCCCUUUCCGAAUUGAACAAACUCAGGAAGGCCACUGGAUUGUCCAGCCAAGAGUUCAGCAGCGGCGAGCAUGGCCAAACGGGUGAAUUUGUUAACAACAGCAGUGAACUUGGCCGGCCCAACCCCGCUAACCGCCCUUGAAUAUUCUUGAACCCAAAAAAAGAAAAAUCACGUCCACGCUAGCAAUAAAAAAUGCAAAUCAUCAUUAUAAUAUAUAUGCCUACUUAUCUAGGAUGGUCGUCGUGAACAUGAUGAUGAAAUGCAAGUUAUUUGUAGUUUCUACAGUUUUAAAUAAAGUUUUGAACACAUUAUUGUAUUUUUUUUUAAUGAUGUUUUCUUGGGGUUUGAUUCUUACUCAAUAAGUGAAUAGUGUGUAAUAUGUUUUAGUUUGAUGUGUUGGAGAUUUUGGGAGGCAUUGGGAAAAUUUGUUUGGCUAUAUAGGAAAUCGAUUAAUUAUUAGGGUUUAUGUUUUUAUUGUAAUUGAAUCAGUGUACUUUAAUUAACAAUGGAAGUUAUGCACUAUGUACAUUCUGAACAUAUA